AUGCGCCGCGUCGGCUGCCUCCUCUCGGCACUCCUCUUCAUCCUCAGCCUGACCAGCACCAACGGCUUUCCCCUGGCAGGCCGCAGAGUCUGUGCCGCGGCCCCGCAGAGCCGGGUGGCUGCUUACGCCGAGUCCCACGUCCAGCCCGUCUACCAGCCCUACCUCACCACCUGCCAGGGCCACCGCCUCUGCAGCACCUACAGGACCAUCUACAGGGUUGCCUACCGGCAGGCAUACAGGCAGCUGCCCCAGCCCACGGCCUCAUGCUGUCCUGGCUGGAGCAGAGCAAACAGCCCUGCGCUGGGCUGCAACAGAGCAAUCUGCUGGAACGGCGGGAGCUGCGCCUUCCCCGGCAGAUGCGCCUGCCCACCUGGCUGGACAGGGCGAGCCUGCCAGACAGACGUGGAUGAGUGUGCCGACCAGAGCCACGCGUGCGGCCAGCUCUGCGUCAACACGGCCGGGAGCUACCGCUGCGCCUGCUGGGAUGGCUUCAGCCUUGCUGCCGACGACAAGGCAUGCCAGCCCCUGGUGCCACCCCCUGAGCCAGAAUCCUUCAGCUACCCAGGUCCCCCCAGUGAAAUGAAGGAAGAAAUGAAAGACCUGAAGAGCAGAGUGGAAGCGCUGGAGCAGAAACUCCAGUUGGUGCUGGCCCCCUUCCACAACCUCAUGCCGUCUGCACCGGAGGACAUCGGCGCAGACCCCAUCAGCCGGCUGUCCCACUCCCUCCAGCAACUGGACAGAAUCGACUCCCUGAGCGAGCAGAUCUCCUUCCUCGAGGAACGGCUGGAGACAUGCUCCUGCAAGAAUGAACUCUAGCCGAGUGCCUGCAGAACUGGAGCAAGCAGAAUACAUCCAUAGCUCUUAUCUCACUCUCCAGCCGCAGGGCGAGGAUGAAGCCACAACAUUUACAGGAAGGCACAGGGUAGCAGGAGAAAGCUGGUUUGCCAUCAGCAUCUCCUUCAUUUUCUCUUAUAACUCACCUUACAAAACAUCACACAGUUACUUCCAAACUGGACUCCGAGCCCUCAGCAUCUCACCCCCUUCCUGCUGGAGUGGCAGAAAAUAAAUGCCUUACCUCACGCUGUUAGUGCCUGUCUGGCUGUGCCAGAGACUGGCUGUAC